AUGGAGCAAGUAGACGAAGUGGUCGGCAAUGUCACGUCGUGGUUCCGAAGGUUCGUGAUGAGUGCGUUGGAGCAUCAGCACGCGCCGUUACCUCAAGAUGACAUGGACGAGGGCGUCGGCCGUACGUACCGCUUCUCUGGCAUGCAAGAUGAAUCGCCCUGGUGGCUCAAAUGGUCCAGUACGGCGCCUCCCGGAUACGACCACCGCGCGCCCCAGUUGCAGGACGGGGGAGGCCAGGGGCAGGGGUAUGGCGGCGGGGGGUAUGGCGGGCGGUAUGACGACGAGCGGGGCAGCCGAUAUGGUUACGACGACUAUGCACGGGAUCGACCAUACGACCGGGAGAAGGAAGAGGAGGAGGCGCGGGAGAGGGAGAGGGCGGAGCGCAUUCGACGAGAGGAGGAGGAGGAGGAGAGAGCUCGCCAAAAGGCAGAGGAGGAGGCAGCAGCAGAGGCCGAAGCAGCAGCAGCGGCAGCAGCGGCGGCGGCAGCAGCAGCAUCGCCACCACCGGACCUCCUAUCGAUGGAAGACGAUCUAUUGGGGCUCGGCACAGACGCAGGGCCGGGCGCUCUGGUGCUUUACUCCGCCCCUACUGCUGAUGACCUCAUUUCCAAGGCGUUUCAGCAGGAAAUCAGCUUACUGGACAUCGACACUGGCACGUCAGAGGCGUCUCUCCUGGAGAAGGUGAAUUCGGUGGCGCCCAAGCAGCUCAACGGGGAGGUCGACCUGCUGGCUCUGGUGGACGGUCCCGUACCCGCUGGUGCCGCUGCCGCUGCUGGUGGGGCAGGGGGGUUGGAUGCUACGAGUGGGGCGCUGGUGCUGGUUACACCCAUGAAGGGAUUCCAUGCCACACCCUCGCGCCACGGCAUAUGCGGGGCGUGUGAGCGGACUAUCGAUUCUGGGAGGUACCUGAUUGCUCUGAACCGUGACUGGCAUGCGGCGUGCUUCAAGUGCUGCCACUGCCGCCUGCCCAUCACUGAGAUGCAGUGUUCCGUGAAGGAGGGCGACACUUACCACACCGAGUGCUACCGCCAGCUCUUCCACCCCAAGUGCUACGUCUGCGACACUUAUAUCGCUCCCAGUGAGUCUGGCAUGGUGGAGUAUCGCCUCAACGACCUGUGGCACGCCAAGCACUGCGCCAAGCACAGCCCGACAACGGAUGGCUCUCCCCUCUGCUCCGCCUGCACUCGCCUCCAGCCCACCACAUGCACAAUGGUCGACAUAGGCGGUAACCGCACGCUCUGCCCCGAUUGUAACACCUGCUCCUGGCCCUCUCCCCCUGGCUCCGCCCUCUCCGCCCUCACCUCCUCCUCCUCCUCCUCCUCCCUGGGGACUCUAGUAGUAGGCUCCUCUGAAUGUGGCCCCCUGUUCGCCUCUGUGUUGAUCUUUUUCGAGGAGGUGGGGUUGGGAGCGGUGCUGCGGGGUGCAGUGGGCGUGAUGGGCGACGAACUGCCGGUGGUUACCGCUGACGUGGCGGCGUUACAAGCUGCUGCUGAGGGCGAGAGACAGGGUUCAUCUCGCCUCGCAGUGGUGCCUGGACUGUGCCUCACCCAAGAAACAACCAUCCAAACAGUCGUACGGGCACCAGGGUCAACAGCAGCGGCGUUUGCAGGCAUCUCACAUGAAGCCAAGGCACUCACGCAUGUCAAUUCCACUGCCGUCUCGGGCAUCGCCAUUCUCUACGGCCUCCCAGCUCCUCUGGCCGGGGCAGUCAUAGCCAAUCAGCUCAUGCACGCUUGGUUCCUCCUCGAUGGUGCAUUCUCCGCUCUGCCCUCAGAAAUCGAGGAGGCCAUGUGCCAAGUCAUGGCGCACCUGUGGUUACAGCGUUACCAGCAGCAGCUCAAGAGCCCCUCUGCCUUCCAGUCCGGCUUCCUCGAAUUCUGCCUCACCCGCGUUGCCUCCGACCCCUCCCCUGCUCUGCUCGACUCCUUCCGCUCUGCCUACUCUGCUGUGGUGUUCAAAGGCCUGCUUGCCACCAUUCAAACACUCCGCAGGUCCAACACCCUCCCUGCAAUCUAA